AUGACGUCCGCAGCAUUCAAAGGGUUAACACUGAGCCGAGGAUUAGAAAUAUGCAGAGCUGCUGAGGUGGCAGCAAGACAGUUGAGCGUUAUUAGUGGGGCCAAUAGUAGUCAAUCAUUAGAAGUUCUAGAAAUACAAAAACAGAAAAAACAUCAAUCAAAUAGAAACCAGCAGCCGAAAUCUGCUCCUCAGUAUACAGCUGAUCCUGGUCAGUCUUACCGAAAUCAUCCCCAGACGUCAGGAAAUCAAAAGAUAAGUAACAAUUUUAUAAAAAACUGUUAUAAGUGUGGUUCUAAUCAUAGUUUAAACAAGUGUCCGGCUUAUGGAUUACGGUGUAAAAUUUGUAAUAAGUUUAACCAUUUUGCAAAAGUUUGUAAUGCUAAUAGUUAUAGAAACAGAGUCCAUAAUGUAAAUGUCCAUCAAAGUGAUACCGAUUCAGAUUCUGAUUUUUCGCCAGAUCAGUUUUUUCUAAAUAAUAUAAAUGAAAAGUCUUCAGAAAAGUGGUAUGAAGACUGUUUUAUAAAUAAUAAAAUAAUUGUAUCUUUUAGAUUAGACUCAGGAGCAGACUGUUGUGUUUUGCCAUACACUUAUUUUAAAAAAUUAAAUAUUCAAACUUCUGAACUUACUAGUAGCACCAAUAAAAUUACUGAUUAUAAUGGAAAAAUAAUAAAUACAGUAGGAAGUGUAUAUUUAAAAGUCAGGCAAUGCAAAAAUAAAGAAAAUAUAGCUAAAUUGAAAUUUUAUAUUGUUAAAACACAUAAUGAUGCAAUACUUGGCCUUGAUGCCUGUAUAAUGUUAAAUUUAAUUCAGAAAAAUAAUAUUAAUGUAAUAAAUGAUAAUUUACACAAUGAUAUUGAGAGUAUUAGUCAAAUAAUUCAUGAAUAUGAUGAUGCUUUUAGGGGUGUAGGAUGUUUGAAAGGUAAACAUACCAUAAAAAUUGAUGAGAAAGUAGCCCCCAGAGUCCAUCCACCUAGAAAGGUACCAUUUGCAAUGCAUGACAAACUGAUGGAGAAACUGAAGGAGCUGGAAAGACUUGAGAUAAUUAGAAAAGUGACAGAACCAACGGAUUGGCGAAUGUUGAAUUAUUAUCUUAGGAAGGGAGAUGUCAUGAUGACAUCAUUUAGAUGGCUGGCAUUCGCUAGAAAUUGCCUAUUCAAUAAAGUGAAAAAAAGAGAAGAGGAGGGAGCACCCCUCUCAGAUGUCAAUUUGAACCAUGUGUUUUAUUAAUUUUAUUUCAUCCUAUAAUUACCCAAUUAAUCGAAACAAAAGUAAGUAA